AGGCACAUGGAGCUCAAAGCAGCUAUCACUGUGUGUUAGGAUUGGAAGGCGUCUCAGGAAGAUCUUGUGACUCUGCUGGCCCAAGUUGGCCGGUGUUUCAGGAAGGGAAGGGCUGGAUGAUGGUGUUUCCGCUGGUCUUUGUGACUUCCUCGCAGACCAUCCAUCCCUGGCCCCAGGAGGACCUGCCAUCCCAGAUGGCGGGGGCGGACCAUCUAGCCACUUGUCCCCACGGCCCUGACCCGCUGACCUCUGCCUCCUGGCUGAUUUCUUCAUGUUGGUUCAACAUUAACCCAGAGGGAUCAGGACUAGCCCUCAGAGUGCUGGGAGCCGACACACUAUGGCGCACGUCCGAGGCCUGUGGCUACCUGGCUGCCUGGCCCUGGCUGCCCUGUUGAGCCUUGUGCAUAGCCAGCAUGUGUUCCUGGCCCCCCAGCAAGCACUGUCGCUGCUCCAGCGGGUCCGUCGUGCCAACAGAGGCUUCCUGGAGGAGCUGCGGGCGGGCAACCUGGAGCGAGAGUGCGUGGAGGAGCAGUGCAGCCGCGAGGAGGCCUUCGAGGCCCUGGAGUCUCCCAGCGCCACGGAUUUGUUCUGGGCCAAGUACACAGCUUGUGAGUCGGUGAGGAAUCCUCGAGAAAAGCUCAUUGAAUGUCUGGAAGGUAACUGUGCUGAAGGUGUGGGCAUGAACUACCGAGGGAAUGUGAGCUUCACCCGGUCAGGCAUUGAGUGCCAGCUGUGGAGGAGUCGCUACCCACAUAAGCCAGAAAUCAACUCCACCACCCACCCUGGGGCUGACCUGCAGGAGAAUUUUUGCCGCAACCCAGAUGGCAGCAUUACUGGGCCCUGGUGCUACACUACGGCCCCCACUGUGCGAAGGGAGGAGUGCAGCAUCCCGGUGUGCGGCCAGGGGCGAGUCACUGUGGAGCUGACCCCACGCUCCAGAGGCUCCACAGUGAAUCUGUCACCUCCAUCGGAAAUGUGCGUUGCUGACCGCGGCCGGCAGUACCAGGGGCGGCUGGCGGUGACCGCACAAGGGUCCCCCUGCCUGGCCUGGGCCAGCAGCCAGGCCAAGGCCCUGAGCAAGGACCAGCACUUCAAACCGGAGGUGCCGCUGGUGGAGAACUUCUGCCGCAACCCAGACGGGGACGAAGAAGGCGCGUGGUGCUACGUGGCCGGAGGACCUGGCGACUUUGAGUACUGCGACCUGGACUACUGCGAGGAGCCGGUGGAAGAGGAGGUGGGAGAAGGGCUGGACGAGGGCCCGGAUGCGGCCAUCGAGGGACGCACCACCGCGGAGGAGUUCCAGGCCUUCUUCAAUGAGAAGACCUUUGGCGCCGGGGAGGCAGACUGUGGACUGCGGCCUCUGUUCGAGAAGAAGGGGGUGCAGGACAAAACGGAAAUGGAGCUUUUGGAGUCCUACAUCGAGGGGCGCAUCGUGGAGGGUUGGGACGCCGAGAUUGGCCUGGCGCCCUGGCAGGUGAUGAUUUUCCGGAAGAGUCCCCAGGAACUGCUGUGUGGGGCCAGCCUCAUCAGUGACCGCUGGGUCCUCACCGCUGCCCACUGUCUCCUGUACCCACCUUGGGACAAGAACUUCACUGAGAAUGACCUUCUGGUGCGCAUUGGCAAGCACUCCCGCACCAGGUAUGAGCGAAACAUUGAGAAGAUCUCCAUGCUGGAAAAGAUCUACAUCCACCCCAGAUACAACUGGAGGGACAACCUGGACCGGGACAUCGCCCUGCUGAAGCUCAGGAAGCCCAUCACCUUCAACGACUACAUCCACCCUGUGUGCCUGCCUGACAAGGAGACAGCAACCAAGUUGCUCCACGCUGGAUACAAAGGGCGGGUGACGGGUUGGGGCAACCUGAGGGAGAUGUGGACAACCAGCAUUGGUGAGGUGCAGCCCGGCGUCCUGCAGGUGGUGAACCUGCCCAUCGUGGAGCGGCCGGUCUGCAAGGCCUCCACCCGGAUCCGCAUCACUGACAACAUGUUCUGUGCCGGUUACAAGCCUGAUGAAGGGAAACGAGGGGAUGCUUGUGAAGGCGACAGUGGGGGACCCUUUGUCAUGAAGAGCCCCUUUAACAACCGCUGGUAUCAAAUGGGCAUCGUCUCAUGGGGUGAAGGCUGUGACAGGGAUGGAAAAUAUGGCUUCUACACACAUGUGUUCCGCCUGAAGAAGUGGAUACAGAAGGUCAUUGAUCGGUUUGGAAGUUAGAGGGCCACCCACUUUCUAGGCUCCUCACUACAAAAUCACAGAAGCCUAUCCAGUGAAUUAUUUUUGUGGUUUGUUCCUAAAACUAUUGUUCUCAAUAAAAGUGACUCUGUCAAAGCGC